GUUUUUCAGCUCCAUUUCUCCUCUCCAAUUGCCCCAAAAUCAUGGCCUCUCGAACACUCCUAACUCCCUGUACCUCCAAAUCUCAGCCUCUCAUCAUCCCUCCCAAGCCCAAAUCCACCAUUUCCGCCGCCGCCAUCCACCACCCGCGCCGCCGCGAGCUACUGUCACUAACCGCCUCUGUUCUAGCAGCGCCGUGGGUUCUGCUUCCUCCGGCGCCGGCACAAGCCUCGAACGAUGAGGAGUACGUGAAGGACACAAACGAGGUGAUAAGCAAGGUGAGAACGACGAUCAAAAUGGACAAAAACGACCCGAAUGUGGCGGAAGCCGUGGCGGAGCUUCGAGAAAGUUCGAAUUCUUGGGUGGCGAAGUACAGGAAGGAGAAAUCUCUGUUGGGACGAGCUUCGUUUAGGGAUAUGUAUUCGGCUUUGAAUGCGGUCUCGGGGCAUUACGUUAGCUUUGGACCGACGGCGCCGAUUCCGGCGAAGAGGAAGGCCAGGAUCUUGGAAGAGAUGGAGACGGCGGAGAAGGCUCUGUCAAGAGGGAGAUGAACAAUUAAGUGAGGGAAUUUUUAAUUAUUCUUUUUCUAAUUUUCUAUUUGCAUCUUUAAGAGGUUCAUAAUUGAUGAAUGUACGAGAGGAGAAAAUUCUAUAGUUCGGUGAUUAUUGCUUCGAGAUUAAUACAUUAUUAGAUUUUCUCCUAAUAUUUUGAUGAUAAUUAUGUCGAGAAAAAAGUAUAAAAUUAUAUUAUUAGUCCGUUCUAAA